GAAAUUUUGCAGCCCUAAUUUGGGCUCUAUAGUAUUGUAUUGGAGAAGAGUAAAAAAAGAGUCGAUCCUGAGAAUUUCAUGAAUUGCAACAUAAAUUGCAAGAGUGAAGUGGUGAUUGAUUGAGCAGCAAAAAUUAGUCCUGUGGGGAUGUACAUCGACGAGGAGGAUGAGGAAGAUAUGGCAGAGUGGGAGACCCUGCAGACAGUACAAGAUUUCGAUUAUGUGGCUACCAGCAGCUUGAAUGAUCGUUCUGGAGGUGCCACGACCAGGGAGAUUGAUGGGAGUGUGAUGCAGCUCAUGCCAUCGAAGCCAACGACUCCGGUGAGUCUUUUGGUGGAGAGUCUCCUGCAGCAACUCUGCAGUCUGCUGGAGGCUGAUACUAAGAGAUCUCAGAUGCUGUACAAAUCCAUCUGUGAACAGCUGCAGCAGAUGAAUCUGAUUGACGAUACAUGGGAGAUGGGAGAGUUUGAGGCGAUGAGGAGUCAGUAUCAGAGGGCUCUGUUUCAACUUGUUGCUGUGGCUCGUGGUCAGGAUUUGCCGCACUCCCUGCAGUCUGUGUGGCCAUUAGCAUCUCCGCGGAAAUUGGAUUGGUCCAGGUAUCAUAGGGAUUUUGAAGAGAUUGCUUUUAUAGCUGGAGGUGGUUUUGGGAAAGUUUUUCGUGCCCGGAAUCGUCUGGAUGGGAUUGAAUAUGCCAUUAAGAAGGUUCUAAUAAAAUCCACGAGUGUGGACAAGGUACUGUCGCACUUAAAGGAAGUACGGACCUUUGCGGGGCUCAAUCAUGUCAAUAUUGUGCCGUACAAGGCUGCCUGGAUGGAACCCUUGAUGUCCUGCGAGAGUGACAUGCUUUCGAAUAUGAAUCCGGAAGAUACAGAAAGUGUCUCUGUGACACAGAAUGUGUCCAUGGAGGACACAACCAAUGAUUCUGUGAUAUUUGCUUCGAGUGUCAGCAACAAUAAUCCUGUUCCUCCUCCGCUCGUUUGGACAGGAUCACAGGCUCACAGGACUUUCCAAUCUCAAUCCCUGAGGGUUGGCACGAAUAGGACCUUUAGCAUACAGGAGCAUCAGCCACAUGUUAAACUGCGCUGGGCUAUGCUGUACAUUCAGAUGUCACUGUGCCAAUUGACUCUCCGGGAAUGGCUGGAUCGAAGGAAUAGUUCAAAUGAUUUCUCAGCAUUCUAUGCACAAUUUCUCACCGAAUCCAAUCUCCAAUCCCGAAUUCCCUGUCUCCCCGCCACACCGGCUGGCCCAAAUCCCCAGGAAAGCCGGGAAUCUGAAGAUUUCCUUAUCCAGGUGGCUCUGGACAUUUUCAGUCAGCUCACCAAUGGUCUCAGGUACAUCCAUGAAUGUCAGAUUGUUCAUCAUGACAUCAAGCCGAGCAAUGUGUUCAUCGGUGUGAACAAUUGCGAGCGUCUCAUUGUCCAAUUGGGAGAUUUUGGACUGGCAUGUCCACUAGAAGACUCCCAUAUGGGCGGUGCAAUGGGAACUCCAAUGUACGCAGCUCCAGAGCAACUAGAUGGACGCUGUGAUGCCAAAAGUGACAUUUACAGUCUGGGAAUUAUCUUCCUAGAGCUCCUAAUGCCCUUCAGCACAGACAUGGAGCGUGUUCGGGUGAUGGAGGACGCCAAACAUGGACGUCUGCCACAAAAUCUCCCUCCACAUCUCGCCAAUCUGAUCCUACGUCUUCUGGACAAGCCAUCCAUGCGUCCAACAGCUACUGAACUCUGCCUCAUUGCCACGGAGAUGCACAUAAAUCGGGAAGAUGGAAUUGCCAUUGCGGAAUUGGAGAGGAGACUGAGUGAGAAGGACGAAGAGAUUCUCAAUCUCAAGAGCCAGGUGGAGCACGCUGAGAGGUUCAAAGACAUGCAGCUGCAGAGUAAAGAGCUGGAGAUUCGGCAGUUGCACAUGCAGUACGAGCAGGAGAAGAAGACAAGAGAGGAGGAGAUUCGGGUGCUGAGGGAGCAACUGAGUUCAGUGACAAUAAAGCAGGAUACUGACGAGGAUAACAUCUGAGCAAAAGCUUCACGCAAAAAAAAGAAGCUUCAGAGCCUACUUUGUCCAGAAAAUGCGCCGCAACUCCUUAAAAUUGUACCUAAUAAUUCUUUGAUUUUCCAACUUAAUUUUGUGACAUGAUUUAUCUUUAAAGAGUAUUUUUAGUGAGGUCAAUAAAUUUUAUCGAAAUUGUCUCUCACAAAAAAAA